UAACGCUCGGAUUGUUUUGUUAUAAUUCAUUGUGCCACCAAGCAACGCAUAUAUGAGAGAAAUCUUUGAAUUAAAAAAGAUAAUAGCAUUUCUAUUUUAUUUUACUUAUCUAGUUGUUUGCUAACGAAAUUGCAAUGAUGUUUCACUGUUUACAAUAGUGUUUUGAAAUUCCCCUGAAAGAAAAUAUCUUCUUAAUCAAGCCUUCUCGGAGAGUCAUCAAUCUUGCAAAUGGAGGGUUUAAUACCUAAAAGUAAUGAAAGAUUAUCUAAUGUUAUUAAUAGGUUGAAAAGGCAACUUGGAGCUAGCGAGGAUAUUCUAGGAACUGAAGAUGCUAGUGAACAGUUAGACUUGACAGAUACUGAAAGUAGUAGUGAAUGGAGUUCAGAGGAAGAUAAAUCCUUGAGCAAAAAUUUUUUGAUGUUUGAAAAUAAUUCGAAUCUUUGCUGGCUGAAUUCAUCAGUGUCAUUGUUAGCUCAUAACAAGACGCUCCAUAAUUUUGCUAAUGACAUUUCUUCACAAGUUUCUAACAUUAUAAUAUGGUAUAAAAAUGCUAUUUCUAUUUAUAAUGAUUAUUCUAUUGGAAGUGCUGUUGAAGUCAGACUGAAAAAAGCAAAAGACAUGCUCGAAGAAAUCCAGAUGACUGCUCUUGAAUAUUUGAAACCAAUUCUGAAGUGCACAGAAGGAGAGCCAGAUUCAGCAUUUUGCUCUCUUCUGAAUUUAAUUAAUGAGAAUGAACAAAUAAAAAAUUUGUUCCUUGUGGAAUUUUCUUGGAUUAGGAACUGUGCAAAGUGUGCCGUCUAUCGAGCCAAGAACAACAAGAAAACAAUUAUCACAUUGUCAAAAGUUAGGGCAUUCAACCCAGUUUCUCCUGUGUCUCUGUAUAAGUGUCCUUUUUGCAAAUCUCUGGAUCAAGAAAUGGAAAUCAAAUAUAAAACCUUGCCUCAAUGUUUAAUUUUUCAUUUUGAAAAUGGAGCUGGAGAAGGAGAGCUUGAAUCACUUGAUUUUGAAUUAAAUGAUCGUAAAUAUAAGUUAUCUGGCUUGAUAACAUUAGAAAAAGGCCGAGAUUCAAAUAUUAAUCACUUUGUGACUUGGAUUAGAGAUAUUGUCUCUGACAGUUGGCUUGAACGCAACGAUUUGAACAAUGAUAUUUUGAGUUUUAGUGUGGUUCCACCAGUCAUUAACCUUGAAGAUCUUUACAUCGCCAUGUAUGAAGCACUUGAUAACAAAGGGACAUUAGUCAAUGCUUCUGUGGAUAUUGCUAAUAUCAAUGGUAUGGAUUUAGAUGAUACAAGCUCAUCAUGUAUUCCUGUCAUUAAUCUUUCGGAUGAAGAAGAAGGGGUAGAAUUUAACAAGGAGAAUCAAACAAAAAAGGUGUCUAAUUUGCCUUCCAUGGGAGGCUUGUUCAAGCAUGACAAAACUUCCCAAGAUAAUAGGGAAAUGUCAAAACAACUAGAUGAGCUUUUUUCAGACGAUAUUUCUGUUACAAAAAAUUCUUUAGAUAUUGCUGUAUCAAAAAUAGAAAAAUUAUUGGCAAAAAAUGAAAGUCUAUUGCAAAUGGAUGUGUUUCCCAAACCAGUUGACACUAAUUCACACCAUGAUGACAGAAAUGGAUUUAAAAACAGUACAGCUGAAAAUAUGAAACAAUCUCUGCAUAAAGAUAGUAUUGAUAUACUCAAGGAAGAUGAAAAUAAAUCCUUGGAUUUUUCUAAUUCUGAAAUAGCAUCCUUUGACAAGCCAGUUUUGGAAAAUAAUAUAAAAACUUCAAAAAAGAAAUCUGGAAAGCCUUUGGUUAGAACAAUUUCAAGUAUUGAAAAAUUAGAAAUGCAGACAAACACAAAAGAGAUUAGUUUUGGGAAAAAAGAUAUUCCAUCUGUAUUUGCAGAAAAUUUACUAGGAAAAGAUCAUAACAUUUCUUCAAGUAAGGAUCUAUCAAUUCCUUUUGAAAAUGAAGAUAACAAUAAGAAGGCAGAUAGACCAAGAGAAAAUCCUGUUGCAUCUCAAAAUAGUAAUGUUUUGAUGGAAGAAUCAAACAAUCUUAAGGUGAAGAAGCCUUUUAAUGCAGUAAAAGAGUGUCUUCAAGAUGUAGCUGAAUCUUGUGCAAGAACAUCAGGUUUGUCAACUUAUCCUAAAAAAUCGAGGAAAAAAACUGGAUUUAAAUAUGAUAAACUUGCUGGCAAGAAAUGCAAACAUAUUAAGAAUGAAAAUUUUCCUGAAAAUGCUGUUGCCGGCAAUUUGGAUAACACUCCGACAAGUCGUGUUGCUGAGAAAUCAGCUGAAACUUCGACAUUUCCAGAUUUGGCUAUUCAUAAUCCUUUCACUCAAAAACAGCUGCAGCAAUCUGAUAUUCAUUUAUCAGCAUUACCAGACAAUAAGAAGCCAUUUGCACCAAUAGCAACAAGUAAGGAUAGUGAUAGUUGUGUUUUAGAAAGUAAAUCUGUUGAUAAUUUAGAAAGUAAAACUCAGUGUGUUAAUAUAUGUUCCCAAAACAUUGGUAGAAAAGCUUCUUUUAGUGAUGAAUGCAUCGAAGAAGCUGAAUCUACAACCAGUAAGCAAAUUUAUAUUUCAGAUGACUUGCAGACUGUAUUAAAUUCACCAGAUGAAAAGAGUUCUGUAAUCUUUUUUGAAAGCACUGCUCAUUCUAAUUUAAGUAAAGAUCUUUCAAAACAUGCUAAUAAAUUUAUUAGCGAAGUAUUUUCAGAAGAUGAGAAAAAUUUGAUUUCUAAUUCAGAUAUCAAACACAGCAAAAUUAAUGCUAAUUCAUUAGAAGAGACUGCUCCCAAAUUAACUGAAAAUAAACAUCUACCACUGCAUCAAGUAACAGUUCUAAAUAAUAAAACUGCAACACAGCCCAAAGCAGUUCUUGCUUCUUCUUUAAAAUCAAAUGAACAGUUAAAUGUGCAGUCUCUGGAACGUAAUGAAACUACUGAGGAAUGCAUCAGAGAAAUUGAAGAAAAGCUUGAUGUGUUUCCACAGAAUCAACUACGAGUGAAUAAUUCGCCUUCAAAAAUGCCUUUUGUGCAUCUUACAAAAAUGAAAGAUACUGAAAUAGCAAAUUACAUCUCGGGAAAAAUUAAUUUUGCAAAGCCAAUGCAAAUUAAAUCUUUAGAAGAAUUAACAAAGACUAUUGUUGUAAAAGUAGAAGAAACUUGUGCUAAAUCAAUUUUUAAACAGAAAGUUGAACAAACUGAUUCUUUGAAAACAAAAGUUAGAAGAGUCAAGUCAAUUUAUAAAAGUCCCCGAAUUGUGGCACAAGAAAUGAAGAUAGGUACAAAUGUAGAAAAAGCUAAGGUUGAAGCUAUUUCAAAGGAAGGCAAAAGUUCCCAAGAGCAACUUGAGGACGAUAUUUCUACAAAACGAAAGACAAGGAGGCGUGAAAAUGUAGAAAAAGCUAAGGUAAAAACUACUUCAAAGAAAGGGGGAAAUUCUCAAGAACAACUUGAAAACAAUAUUUCUACAGAACAAAAGACAACUAAAAGGAGGCGUGAAAAUGUAGAAAAAGCUAAGGUAGAAAUUGUGUCAAAGAAAAGGAGAAAUUCUCAAAAACAACUUGAGAACGAUAUUUUUGCUAAACCAAACACAACUAAAAGCAGGCAUACAAAUGUAGAAACUGUUUCGACAGAAAGGAAAAAUUCCCAAGAACAACUUGAGAACGAUAUUUCUACAAAACGAGAGACAAGUAAAAGGAGGCGUGGAAAUGUAGAAAAAGCUAAGGUAGAAACUGUUUCAAAGAAAAGGAGAAAUUCUCAAAAACAGCUUGAGAAUGAUAUUUUUCCAAAACCAAAUACAACUAAAAGCAGGCGUGCAAGUGUAGAAAAAACUAAGGUAGAAACUGCUUCAAAGAAAAGGAGAAAUUUUCAAAAACAACUUCAGAACAAUAUUUUUGCAGAACCAAAUACAACUAAAAGCAGGCGUGCAAAUGUAGGGAAAACUAAGGUAGAAACUGUUUCAAUUGAAAAGAAAAAUUCCCAAGAACAAUUUUUGAAUGAUAUUUUUGCAAAACCAAAUACAACUGAAAGCAUUCUUGCAAAUGUAGAAAAAGCUAAAGUUGAAACUGUUUCAAUAGAAAAGAAAAAUUCCCAAGAACAAUUUUUGAAUGAUAUUUUUGCAAAACCAACUACAACUAAAAGCAUUCUUGCAAAUGUAGAAAAAGCUAAAGUAGAAACUGUUUCAAUAGAAAAGAAAAAUUCCCUGGAACAACUGAAGAAUGAUAUUUUUGAAAAACCAAAUGUAAUUAAAAGUGGGCAUGAAAAUGUAGAAAAAGCUAAAGUAAUAACUGUUUCAAUAGAAAAGAAAAAUUCCCAAGAACAAUUUUUGAAUGAUAUUUUUACAAAACCAAAUACAACUAAAAGCAUUAUUGCAAAUGUAGAAAAAGCUAAAUUAGAAACUGUUUCCAUAGAAAAGAAGAAUUCCCUGGAACAACUUGAGAACAAUAUUUUAGCAAAACCAAAUGUAACUAAAAGCAGGCCUGAAAAUAUAGAAAAAGCUAAAGUAGAAACUGUUUCAGUAGAAAAGAAAAAUUCCCAAGAACAACUUAAGAACGAUAUUUUUGCAAAACCAAAUACAACCAAAAGCAGGUGUGAAAUAUUAGAAGUAUUUCCUGAAGUUACCAAAAAGGCUUUGGAAACUCAAAAUUUCCCCGAAAGGAUUAACAGAACACUUUCAGUUACUGAAGUUCAUUCAGACGUAUCGAAUAUUGAAUCACAAAAGACCACAAAAAAGGAACUUUCAGAUGAUAUUAAUGCAGAUAAUGGUGCAAAAGUAGGGAACUGUAUUAGACAAAUGUGUUUCCCCACUUCACUUAUCAAUUUAAGUCAAGUACCUCAAGCUGCGUCAAAUGCUGUACUUAGAGACCUUGAUCCUCAAAAUGAAUGCUCUUCUGGGUCAACAAAUAAAAAUAACCUUGAUCCUGGUCAUGAUGCUGUUGAAAAUACUGAAGAUAAAAUUCAACUUCAUAGUGAUUUAUUUCAGUCAAGUAACAUGCAUGAACAUCGGACAAGAAAUGUUGGGGAGAACACUACAAAAUGUGAUGAAAAUAAAAAGAGCACGUCUAAAUGUGAACAUAGUAAUAAUAUGCGUAUAAGUCAGAACAUUGAGUGUAAUGCUAAUGCUUUCUUUGCUGUUAUGUUACAAUAUUUAUUGUUUCCUGCAGAUGAUGAGGUAGAAGAAGACUUAGAAUGUUAGGUUUUUUGCAUCUAUUCAUCUUUAUUAUAUAUAACAUUUUUAAAACAUCCAAUCAUCAUCAAUCUCUUAUUAUGUAUUGUUAGAAUGUAUAUAUUAUUAAUAUUUCUAUUCAUAAUCAUUGUAUUAAAAAUGCAUUUUCUUAAAUGUUGUAUUGUGAAUAUAUCAUAAUUCAUCUUUUCGUUUAAAACGUACUCGCACCUCGGAUGUUUAAUAUUUAUUAAUAAGUACUUGCCUAUAAGAUUGUAAUAUGCACUAAUAUGAAAUAUUUUGUGGUGUUUAAUAAUUUUUUAGAUGGCUUUUUAAAAAGUUACAUCAGAAUAUAAUAAACAUAAUAUUAUCUAAUUCAGUAGAAUUCUGAGAAUUAAAUUGUACCAAAAAUUAUAAACUAUAUUUUCAUUGAUAUCUAUUAAAAGCAUGUCAAAAGAAAAUCAUUUUUGUUGGC